AUGGAUACUCGCCUCUUCAAUUUGCGGCUGGACGAAAUCCUUGUGCAGUAUGAUUUCGAUCCAGGUGUCAGAGCCCAGAUGGAGAACGGUCAGAGGAAGAUUUUCGAGGAUGCUGAGAACAUUUGGGUGGAAAAAUUAGGAGUUUUCACUGCUGAAUCCAAGCCGCCGCUAGCAGAAUGUCAGCGGCUCUUGUUUUUUCCUCGUCCCAGCGACAUGAAGAUCUAUGCGACAGCUUUGCGGAAGCGACAUCCACAAGACUCGAAAGCUUAUGAACGUGGAGACUAACUAUUUUUCUAACUCUAAGACAAAGACUAAGACAUGGACAUGCACACUUCAUAUAUUAAUUCGUUCCACAACCAUCUCUAUCUCUAUCACGACUUUGCGUUUAGCAGAAUUUUUCGGUUCAUUAUUUUCAUUCGCAAAGGAGGACAAAGGCAAAGCCUGUCCUCUGUCUUCUUGUUCCUCUCUCUAACCUCACCAUCUGACGCGCUUGAAGCUGAUGACUCUAUUCUACAGCUUGCAUCACGGGACGACGCCUUUGCUGGAGGCUUUCGUCUCCUUUGGUGGAUUGAUGAUGGCUGGGGAGUUAAUGGCCUACAGAAAAAAUGCCCACAUCAUGAGCCAAGCAACGGAAAUUUUUCAGUCGGUAUUGAUUUGUGAUGAUCCACUUACAGUGCAUCAAGGGUUUCUCAUGUAGACGGCGAGUCAAUUCCUACACCAAUCGUCCUAUCCGAAGAUUUUUUUUGCGAACAAAAGAAUAACCCUCUCUACUACUUCACGUUCACCAGCUUUUGAUCGCCCCAUACCUUUCUACUUUCUCCUUCAGGCUUUGGUUCUCGAACCUUUGACCAAACUAGCUGGUGAAAUUCAACAGCGGCAAGUGCAAAAAGCUGUGGACUCAAAGGAUUUGUUGUUCAAUCAUCCAUUGUGGCCUCAACUCCGAGAAGUCAUCUUCGAAGGACCUUUCUUCGACAGCAUCACGGAACUUUUGCUCGACACAAGUGACGUCUUCCCGCAUUCGCGCAGCACGGCGUUGAAGCUGUUGGGGUUUGUUUUGCAGGUACUUUAAUAAGUUUCUAUCAAGCAUCUCGUCUUGUUCUAGCUCCUUCUUGCCGUAAACAGAGAACUACAACUACCCCAAUCAUCAUGCUCAUCCAUCAACUUCCACCGUCAACAGGUAAUCUGCCAGCCCUUAUUGAAGCCGUCUAUAAUCUCGCAAGACGAGAGCGAUAAAGCUGGAGAUGAGGAAUGGCGCAAUGUCCGAGUCCCUCCAAAACUUUACUCAAGGAUAGUGCAGUUGCAUGAAGGAGGAUCCCUAAAGCCGGAUGAGAUGGACAUUGCGUUGGAGAUGCUCAACUACCUAAAUGACUGGGACUUCGAUGCAGAGAAAGCGGCUGCCGCCAGAGAAGACGCGGAAGAGGCAGCUGCACUUGAAAGGCUGUACCAGGACAAACUGAUGAAGAAAAUGGAACAAGAAGCUUAUGGAGGAGCCUCAUCAUCUUUGACGAACAAGAACGACAAGUCUUCAGCUGAGAGUAGUGGAAAAGAAGCUUCGUCCCUCUCCACCCUGCAGUUCAUUAAAGAUCAGUUAGUUUCCUUCGAUGAAGUAGCACCAGGAGACGCCGCAUAUCAAGGCGACAAGGGCGGUGACGCCAAUAGUUGCGUUCCUUCAUCUUCAAGCUCGACGAAGACAUCUGACAAGAUUGAGGACCUGUGCAAACGCGAUAUCGAGAACCAUCUUGCAGCUUUUAAAAAAAUGGGCAAUCAGUGCUUCAAGAAGCAGGACUACCCAGAUAGCCGACUUUGCUACGAGCAUGCGAUUGCUGCAAAACCGGGGGCAUGCGACCUCGUACAGGCCUACCGAGUGUAUGCGCUGCAGAUCCCAGACGAGCAGACUUCAAAAGAGGUGGAAUCUGAAGAUCCUGCUUCUAUAGUUUCAACUUGGAUGAAACAACAUCACCUUCAACAUCAUGAACAAACUGGUAGCAGUUUCGAUUUCGCUUCUUGGGUACGAAGAAGUCGUCCCUUCCAUGCUGAAAUGUCGAAGAUUGAGGCGAAUCUCGCGUUUUCAAACCUAAAACUAGGAAACUUCUCCGAGGCCAUCGCUCAUGCAAAAACGGCCACUUUGCUCGAACCAAGCUACGGCAAAGCGUAUUAUCGUCUUGCCGAAGCAUACUACAAUCAGACGAUGGCCGCGAUGAAGGGAGCAGGAAGUAUCGUUAUGAAGAGAGUAGCUAAUGGUGUACUUUUUCAGUUGUCUUCUUUGUAGUUCUCCUAACAACUUUUUUAUCGCUACAAGACGACUAGAAGAGGAUGUAAGUUACUACAGUUUGGUACAGCUAAAGCACAUGCGAUCCCCCCCUACCCCAUCUAACCCACACCGAGUCGACGACCAAGAGGACAAAGAGAAUCACGAUAGUGCUCAAUUAUCUGAGUCCUCCGAGAAAGCUGCUGCUGCGGCAGCGAUUUCAAAAGCUUUGGAGCUGGAGCCCAAAGACAAAGCGAUUGCAGAACUCAAGAAAAAGAUAGAUGGCAUUGCUGCAUGAAUAUUCUGAAUAUUGCCACUGCUGAUGUUCAUGUUGCUCUUGCUGCUGCAAGAUAAGUAAUUAGUAUAAUUAGAUAGAGCUAAAGGAGACUAUCACGUCGCCUGAAAAACCUUAACCUGAUAACGACAAAGAAACAUUAAGAUUAACAUUGCAACAUUUCAGUAUUUGUCGGCUUCAUGGAUACACGUGCACAAUCUGGACGUGCGAGGCGCCAAUAGGCUAAAAAAGGGUUUGUUUUGAUAGCUGAAACUGAAUCUAGAGUUGUACUACUUCUGCAAGGUCCAAGUCUGAAGCGUAGGAGAAAGAGAGAAUAUCUGAUGUGAUAUCAUGAGGAG